CAAAUUGUUGGUCCCUCCAACCCAUUAAAAAAUUAGAACCUUAUUGGGAAGGGAAAGCCAGAUCCCCAAAAAAGCCAAGUCAGAAAUAGAAAUUGCAAAAAAAGAAGAAGAAGAAACAGUUGGGUCAUGAUCAUGAACCAGUAGUGUAAGUCCUACAAAAAUAAGGCUGGCAAAAACCGUGUUUAUUCACUAUCCUUCCCAUAUCUCUACACGUAAUAGACACCACCAAAUAUUAUACUCAAUUUUUGAAAAUAUUGAUUUGGAAAGUAGUUUUGCUUAACUUUCUAUAUAAACAAGUUAAAACGUUGAUUAUGUCUUUGUAAUACUUUCUGGAUUCCAAUUUGGCCAUCAGAAUUUAUUAGCUUGUUUUCCUCUGCCAGUAAUCUGCUGACCCUUUUAAUUGUCAUCUGUCAUUUACCAAUUUUUUCACACACGCACAACGAGUGCAUUCAAUUCAAUCUAUCUUUUCACUGUUUCAAGAAAACUACUCCAUAGUCUCCAUUUAUAAAAGGGCUGCUGCCUGCUGCCUGCUGCCUGCUGCUACUGCUUCAAGCUCUUUACUUUCUGUAGCAAAACUCUCUCCAUCAGUGCUAAUUUGCUCAUUUGUUCGGAGUUUUCGAAGAUUGAAUACCAUGGAUUAUCAGAAGGAGGUAAAGGGUCUUUCUUUUCCAAUCUCGCAUCUCUUCUUUUUGUCUAAAAAGGACAGCUUUUUGAUGAAUUGAAAGGGCUGGUGAUGGUGGGUUUUUGAGCUUUUUUGUGUUACUUGAUUCUUGAAUUUAGAAAAUCCUGCAAAAUUGAUGCGUAAAAAGCUAAGCUCUUACUCUGUUCUUGGUCUUUUAUGUUUUGCUCUGUCAUGCUUUUGUUGAUUCUUGAAAAUCUCUUUUCUAGGAAAAAAAAAAGAAUUUAUAGGGUUCAUUCUGCAGUUAAUCUGGAUGCUAGCUUGAUGUAUCUGAUCCUUGGCUAAUUAGAUGUUGCAGUUUAUCGGUAUCAAUUCUGCAUUUCUGCAAGACGAGCAAUUUCUGCUUCUCCGUUUCAGUUUGGGGGUCAAAAGAAUUGAUCCACUAAAACAAUUUUGGGUUUCUUUUGUGUCUGUUCUUGUGAGUUUUUCUAGUUCCUAAUGAUGAAUCUGUGGAAUUCCAUUUGAUCUUUUCGCCAGCAACUCUGGAAAUUCAUAUUUUGACUGCAAGAUUUGAAUAAUCAUUUAGAACUGGUCAAAGGUCCCACCCCUAAUCUUAUCAACAUUUUAGGUGUUGAUUAUUAGUUGGUGAUUUCAGUUUUGAAGGCUUAUUUCACUUUCAUAUGAUGCAAGUCCAUGAUUCAAUAAUUUGUUUACUGUCAUUGUUUGGAAUUAGCUGGUGAUGUCUAACCUGAGCUGUCAAAUUUUGCAUACCCUUGACUUUUCAUCUACUAUAACUAAGAUUCGUUUUGUCUAAUGACAAGAUACUUCCCCUUGUUUGAUAAGUAAAUGAUAAUGUAGUUCCAAUAGUUUGAUUACGUUACGGUAAAGAAAGGCUUACAUUACAAUGCAUUCGUAAGUAUAUACCAAAAUUUUAACUUGUCAAUGGAAUGAUUGUUGCUUCGAUGCUUACGGUGAAAGUUUGAUCGAAAUUGAGGCUUGAUUUUUACUGUGAUGCAGAAAACCACACCCUGGCUGUCUGUUCCACAAUUUGGAGAUUGGGACCAAAAAGGUGGUGUAAUGCCUGAUUACUCAAUGGAUUUCUCUAAAAUCAGAGAGAGCCGGAAACAGAACAAGAGGGAGCCAUCAAGGGCCAGCCUUGGAAACGAGGAAGAGUUUGCAUCCUCAGCUACAAUCAACUCGAACACUGUCAGUCAUUCAGAGGAUCAUCACCAUUUCCAUCAGAAUAAUUCUCCAACUGGAAGGAGAAGCAUCUUCAGGUACUUCAACUGCUGUGUGAAAGCAUGAUUUGCUAGAAGCGAUUGGGCGUAGCUUAUUUAUAUGUAUGAAAUGUAUAAUCCUGGAUAAUGUUGUUUUAGUUCCCGUUCACCACCUCAAGAGUCAAGACAGCAGUUUGUGAGUGUUUUUUGGAUUAUAACGAUGAGAAAGAUGAUUUUAGCGAAUUCGUUGUGAUUCUUUCAGUCGUAUCUUGUCCCCAGUUCAAUCAUUCUAAUCCGUAAAAGCUCACCGGAGUAAUGGAAUUCUUUACCAUGUUACUACAGAUUCCAGUAAUUUUGAUAUCACUUUAUCAACCAAAAAAAUAAAUAAAUAUAAAAAAAAAUUAGAAACUCAUAAAAUUUCUUGUUUUCAAAUUUUGCCAGUACUAAUACUAUAUAUCUUCC